AUGUCGGGGAGCGGCGGAGCGUCGCCGCUGUUGGCGCUGUCUCUGUUGCUCCUGGCAGCCUCGGGGUUCGCCCAACCGGCGGGGGAGGCCGCCUGCCGCCCGGUCAGAACCGCUUUCCAGGUGCUGCAACCCGGAGCCAAGUGGGUGCCCGAGAACCCCGUGCCAGGGUUGGACUUGCAGGUAUGCAUCCCCAAGGGCUCCACGUGCUGCUCGAGGAGGAUGGAAGAGAAGUAUCAGGUGGCGGCCCGGCAGAACAUGGAGCAGCUCCUGCAGUCUGCCAGCAUGGAGCUGAAGUUCCUCGUCAUCCAGAACGCUGCUGUCUUCCAAG